CCCGUGGCAGACGUGGCGCGCGCUGUGGAGCUGCUGGAGCGGUUGCAGCGAAGUGGGGAGCUGCCCCCCCACAAACUGCAGGCUUUGCAGCGGGUUCUGCAGAGCAAGUUCUGCUCGGCUAUCCGUGAGGUCUAUGAGCAGCUCUAUGACACGCUGGAGAUCGCGGGCAGCGCCGAGAUCCGGGCCCACGCCACGGCCAAGGCCACGGUGGCGGCGUUCGCGGCGAGCGAGGGCCAUGCGCACCCCCGGGUGGUGGAGCUGCCCAAGACAGACGAGGGUCUUGGCUUUAACAUCAUGGGGGGCAAGGAGCAGAACUCGCCCAUCUACAUCUCCCGCGUCAUCCCCGGCGGCGUCGCCGACCGGCACGGCGGUCUCAAGCGGGGGGACCAGCUGCUGUCCGUCAACGGCGUGAGUGUGGAAGGGGAGCAGCACGAGAAGGCCGUGGAGCUGCUGAAGGCGGCCCAGGGGACGGUGAAGCUGGUUGUUCGCUACACGCCCAAGGUGCUGGAGGAGAUGGAGGCCCGGUUCGAGAAGAUGCGCACGGCCCGCCGGCGCCAGCAGCACCACAGCUACUCGUCUCUGGAGUCGCGGGGAUAGCGCCCAUCUCGUCCCGUGCUGGGGAGGCCGGGGGCCCCCAGGCCCGGCCCCCCAAAGAUUCUUCCCCCCCCCCCCCAGUUUUUCGUGUGUAGCUGGGUCUAUUUAUCCGGCCUGUGCCGGCCCCACCGUGAACCGUAUUUAUUCCCUUAUUUAAAUCUGACCCCUGUGCGUGAGCCGGUGUGAAUCCGCCCGCCGGCCAGACUCUGGGGAACGACCCCCAAGCGCUGAGAGUCGGAGGGGUGUGUGUGAGGGGGAUUCUGCCUUAUGGGCAGGGAAGGGGGAAAGGUGAGGGGGCUCCUGGAGAAAUUCACUCCCCCAAACCACCCACCUUAUAGGAUUCUCCUUCACUUUCUGUCCCAAAUUCCUGUGCGUCUGCCUGUGCGCUCCACCCCAGAGGGCUGCGUCCCAGCGCCAAGCGAGGGGUCCCCGUAUACCCAGCCCCAGUGCCCCACCCCAGAGGAGCCGCAUCCCAGCGCCGGGGGAGGGGUCCCCGUAUACCCAGCCCCAGCGCCCCACUCCAGAGGGGCCGCGUCCCAGUAUGUUUAUGAUGCAGUUCAGAGAGUGGCCACCCGGUGGCGACUUUGUUGCUUGACUGGGGGGAGCGGGGGGGAGACACUUUGGUGACACUGGGCUUCAGGGUGUGUUGGGCAUUAGUGCCCCUCACUCCUGACCCGCAGCCCCCUCCUAGCCCAGCCCUGCCCCCCUCCCCCCAAGUUCGCCUGUGCCCCUCCCGAGCCACCGCAUCUUUUCUGGUCCCUAAGAACCCCCCAUAUCUCCCUUGCCCUGUUCUUUCCAAGGCAGGGGGAACAGAGGCCGGGGGCUGGGCUCCCCUCCCAGAUCGGGUGCGGGGGGCGGGAAAUGAGCUUGGGAAUCAGGGACACGCCCGUCCCCCAGGAGUGAGUCACCCCCUGGAGUCAGUUUUUCUGGUUUGGCCGCUGGGUCUGCCAGGGAAAGACGGGGGUGAAAUUCCCAGAGAGGGAGUCAGAGGGUGGGGCUGGGCGCCUGGAUUCCUGGGUUCUCUCCCCAGCUCUGGGAGGGGGGUGGGGUCUAGUGGUUAGAGCAGGGGGGGCUGGAGCCAGGACUCCUGGGUUCUCUUCCCAGCCCUCGGAGGGGAGGGGAGUGGUUGGUGGGUGACUCCCUCUCCCCCCCGCCCGCGCCUGGGAACGUUCGUGCCCUGUGCCGCAGCUCCUGAUUGUGCUGGGGGAAAGGGGGUUCCUGACUGUGAAUAAACCGAUGCGAGUGAGUCUG